AUGAGAGGAAGAGGAAGGGGACAAGGAGCAUAUGCAGCCCCAAACGACCAUGAAGCCGGACCUUCGCACAGGCGAACACCUUCAGGCUCCCAUAACACAGAUGCUCAAAAUCUGUGGAGGUCUUUUACUGAACCCGCAAGGCACUCGGCUUCACUGAGUACCUCGCCUUCUAUCCCACACUCCUUUGGGCCUCAAUCCGAAAAUGAGCCCCACAACUCUCACCAGUCCUAUAUUCCUCUCCAAGGACACCAAUCACCCUUUGACCACCCAUCACCUGUUUUCCAAGGCCUGUUCAACCCUGCUGACUACCUUGAUGUACCUAUGGGUUUUAACCCACUUGGACCAGAAGACCAUUUCCCUGGCGACAAUGCGAUGGAUGUCGAUGAAGAUACCGAUCCCUCAAUGCCACCAUCUGGAACUCCGAACCACCCUAUCGAGAUUUCUGAUGGGUCACCUUUUGUGGGAUCACCAUACAAUGGUCCCGACAGCUUUGAGGAGAGAUUCAGGCAGCAUGACUGGGUAUUUACCCCUAGUUACCAUAACUCUCCCCUGCACCAGCCGCAACACAGCUCUCCCUUGCACCUCCAGCAACAGCAACAGCAGCCACAGCAGCAGCAGAAUCCUUCUGGGGAUUCCCGACUUGUCGCGGUCACUCCACCGCCGCCACCACCUCCGGUUUUGCCUCCUCCACCUCCGAGCAGCCGAUACUCGCCACUUCAUGAAGAACCAGAGAUGGGAGAAUUUUCACACCCCGUCUCAGAAGUAACAUCUGCGCCAAUCGCGCCACCACCACCACAGGAUUUCGGAAAUCCAAUCCCUGCUUUUACUAGCGCGGCAGCAUACAAUCCCUUCGAGCAGACGUUUCCCCCAGGUUAUAACUUUACAGAGGAUCCCUACUGGGUAGCUGCGAACUACAACUCUCUCAAUCCGGAAGGUACUUUUGGAGGUCCCUGGACUACGGGACAACCGACCUUUGGAUACCCAUCAUAUGGAUAUCAGCAGCCGCAGCCUCCUCAACCACCGCAUUAUCCGCUACCACCGCCGGCACCGAUGAUGUCGCCGCCACAAGUUCAAGAAAUCCUUCAAGGGAUAAAUGAUGUGCGACGAGAGAUGCGGCAUGAAUUACGGGAAGAUCGUCGGCAUAAUCGUGGGAUGUUUAAGAAGAUGGUGGAUUUAAUCAAGGGAAAAAGCAAGAAGGACUACUAA